AUGUUCGGUCUCGGUAGUUCCGCAAGGCUACCCGCGCGGUCCUCAGUUAUCACUAGCCGACGCUUCCUCCAUACCAAGCAACACGCCCUACCAGCCGCUUACUACCGCGGCGGCACAUCACGGGCCGUCUUCUUCAAAGAAGAGGACCUGCCCCUUGAUCGCAAAGAUUGGGCCCCAAUCUUCCGUGGCGUCAUCGGCAGUCCAGAUCCCUAUGGCCGACAACUCGACGGUCUAGGCGGCGGUAUCUCCAGUCUCUCCAAGGUAUGCGUGGUCGGCAAGUCCACGCAUCGCGACGCGGACGUGGACUAUACGUUCGUGUCAUUGGGGAUUAAAAACACGGAUGUUGAUUAUUCGAGUAACUGCGGGAACAUGAUUAGUGCCGUCGGUCCCUUUGCUGUGGACUCGCAACUUUUCCCGUUGCCACAGGGGGAUCUUGACUCUGCCUCGGUGCGCAUACAUAACACCAACACCGGCAAGAUCAUUCAUUCCUCAUUUCCCGUGGUAGACGGUGAAGCUGCUUCGAGCGGGGACUUUUCCAUCGAUGGCGUAGCGGGGACUGCGGCGCGAGUGCAAUUGGAUUUCAUCAAUCCUGCUGGCUCGGCGACGGGCAAAUUGCUGCCAACAGGCAAUGCUACGGAUACCAUUGACGGUAUCCCCGCGACGUGCAUCGAUGCCGCGAACCCAUGUGUUUUCGUCGGAGCCGUCGAUCUCGGUGUGAAUGGGAAUCUGACACCAGACGAACUCGCUGCUCAUCCCACCCUCCUGCCUCGAUUAGAUUCCAUCCGCCGCCAGGCUGGUGUCAAGAUGGGUCUUGCAUCUACUACAGAUGCCGUGCCGGGCAGUGUUCCCAAGAUUUGUCUCGUUGCUGUACCUUCGGCUGCUGACGCACGAGAUGUCAAGCAGAAGCAGACAUCCGCGGAGAUUGACCUCUUGGCUCGUGCUCUCUCCGUUGGACAGCCGCACAAGGCAGUUCCAAUUACGGUUGCUCUUGCGCUGGCUGCGGCUGCAAGAGUGCCUGGGAGCACGGUGAACGAGGUCGUUCGUGGGAAGGACCCAGUUGAUGAUGCAGGCAUCACGAUUGGUCAUGCGAGUGGGAAUUUGCUGGUUGGUGCUGAUUUUGAUGCGGAUGGGGUGUUGACUUCGGCGACGGUAUUUCGGACUGCACGACGACUUUUUGAAGGAAAGAUAUACUGGAAGAACGAGGCAUCUUGA